GUCCGGGCCGCCGUCCCGGGUGCGGCUCGGGUUGGGAGGUUCCAGUGGGCGGCGGCGGGCGCUGGGCCCGGGCCCUGCGAGGAGCGCGCCGUGCGUCCCCCUCUCUCCGGUAGUGGCGGGUCGCGGAAGUGACGUGGUGCACGGACAGGAGCGCGUUUGAAUCGGUUCCCGGGUGAUCCUCGCGCCUGUCCGCUGUUCGGUCGCCGCCGCCACUGCUGCCGCCGCGGAGGAGGAGCUGCCUUGCGCCGGCCGAGGCCUCGAGGCGCCCUGGGGAGCUGGAGCUGAAGGCGCCGCGAGGAGCCCGCACCUUGGCCCUGUGGGCGGUGGGGGCCGGCGCCGCUGUCUAGUCUCCUUUCCCCCAAUAUGGCAGCGGCGGGCAGCGGUGGGCCCGGCGGGCCCUCUGAGGAGACUGUGGGGGAUGGCGGAGGCGUCGGCGCCAGGACUGUGUACUUAUUUGACCGGCGCGAGAGGGAGUCGGAGCUCGGAGACCGGGCGCUGCAGGUCGCGGAGCGCUCUGACUACGCGGGAUUCCGUGCCUCCGUUUGUCAGACACUUGGUAUUUCAUCUGGUGAAAAAUUUGUUAUUACAACAACAAGUAGGAAGGAAAUUACCUGUGAUAAUUUUGAUGAAACUAUUAAAGAUGGAGUUACCCUAUACCUGCUACAGUCAGUUGAUCAGUUACUUCUGUCAGCUACAAAAGAACGAAUUGACUUCUUACCUCACUAUGACACACUGGUUAAAAGUGGCAUGUAUGAAUAUUAUGCAAGUGAAGGACAGAAUCCUUUGCCAUUUGCUCUCGCAGAAUUAAUUGAUAAUUCAUUGUCUGCCACUUCUCGUAAUGUUGGUAUUAGAAGAAUACAGAUCAGAUUGCUUUUUGAUGAGACACAAGGAAAACCUGCUGUUGCAGUGAUGGAUAAUGGAAGAGGAAUGACCUCUAAGCAGCUUAACAACUGGGCUGUGUAUAGGUUGUCAAAAUUUACAAGGCAAGGUGACUUUGAAAGUGAUCAUUCUGGAUAUGUCCGUCCAGCACCAGUGCCUCGCAGUUUAAAUAGUGAUAUUUCCUAUUUUGGUGUUGGGGGCAAGCAGGCUGUUUUCUUUGUUGGACAGUCAGCCAGAAUGAUAAGUAAACCUGCAGAUUCCCAAGAUGUUCAUGAGUUUGUGCUUUCAAAAGAAGAUUUUGAGAAGAAGGAGGAAAAUAAAGAGGCGAUAUACAGUGGAUAUAUUAGAAACAGAAAGCCAUCUGAUUCCGUACACAUUACAAAUGAUGAUGAAAGAUUUCUACAUCAACUUAUCACAGAGGAGAAGGAAAAAAAUAGUUUUACUGCUGUGGUUAUCACAGGAGUACAACCAGAACACAUACAGUACUUGAAAAAUUAUUUCCAUCUGUGGACGCAACAGUUAGCGCAUAUCUAUCAUUACUAUAUUCAUGGCCCAAAAGGAAAUGAAAUAAGAACAUCAAAAGAAGUUGGACCUUUCAACAACAUUGAUAUUGAAAUUUCUAUGUUUGAAAAAGGGAAGGCACCUAAGAUUGUCAACCUAAGGGAAAUACAAGAUGACAUGCAGACGUUGUAUAUAAACACAGCAGCUGAUAGUUUUGAGUUCAAGGCUCAUGUUGAAGGAGACGGUGUAGUGGAAGGGAUUAUCCGAUAUCAUCCUUUCUUAUAUGAUAGAGAAACUUACCCCGAUGAUCCAUGCUUUCCAUCAAAACUAAAAGAUGAAGAUGAUGAUGAUGAUUGUUUCAUACUUGAGAAGGCAGCAAGAGGGAAAAGGCCUAUUUUUGAGUGUUUCUGGAAUGGACGAUUAAUACCGUAUACAUCAGUUGAAGACUUUGACUGGUGUACUCCUCCUAAGAAGAGAGGGCUUGCACCAAUUGAAUGCUACAAUAGAAUAUCUGGUGCAUUAUUCACUAAUGACAAAUUCCAGGUCAGCACAAAUAAACUGACCUUUAUGGAUCUUGAACUAAAAUUGAAAGAUAAGAACACCCUUUUUACAAGGAUUUUAAAUGGACAGGAACAACGAAUGAAAAUUGACAGAGAAUUUGCUUUAUGGCUGAAGGACUGUCAUGAAAAAUACGAUAAACAAAUAAAAUUUACACUUUUUAAAGGAAUAAUUACACGUCCUGACCUUCCUUCUAAAAAGCAAGGCCCCUGGGCAACAUACUCAGCAAUAGAAUGGGAUGGAAAAAUAUACAAAGCAGGACAGCUGGUCAAGACAAUCAAGACUCUUCCCCUCUUUUAUGGAAGCAUAGUAAAAUUUUUUCUUUAUGGUGAUCAUGAUGGAGAAGUAUAUGCUACAGGAGGAGAGGUCCAAAUUGCAAUGGAACCGCAGGCACUUUAUGAUGAGAUAAAAACUGUGCCAAUUGCAAAACUGGAUAGGACAGUUGCUGAGAAAGCUGUUAAAAAAUACGUAGAAGAUGAAAUGGCGAGGCUCCCUGAUAGAUUGUCAGUAACUUGGCCUGAAGGAGAUGAAUUAUUGCCUAAUGAGAUAAAGCCUGCUGGAACCCCCAUAGGUGCAUUAAGAAUUGAAAUACUGAAUAAGAAAGGGGAAGCAAUGCAAAAGCUCCCAGGAACAAGUCAUGGAGGGUCAAAGAAACUCCUAGUUGAGCUCAAAGUUAUAUUACACUCUUCAAGUGGAAAUAAAGAAAUCAUUUCACAUAUUAGUCAACAUGGAGGAAAAUGGCCCUACUGGUUUAAAAAAAUGGAAAACAUUCAAAAGUUGGGGAAUUACACAUUGAAAUUACAAGUUGUAUUAAAUGAAAGUAAUGCAGAUACUUACGCAGGAAGACCACUACCAUCUAAGAUAAUUAAGUUUUCUGUUAAAGAGGGUAAGCCAGAGAAAUUUUCAUUUGGUCUCCUGGAUCCUCCAUUUCGCGUUGGAGUUCCAUUCAAUAUCCCUCUGGAGUUUCAGGAUGAAUUUGGUCAUACUAGUCAACUAGUAACUGAUAUUCAGCCAAUUCUUGAAGCAAGUGGUUUGUCUUUACAUUACGAAGAAAUAACCAAAGGACCAAAUUGUAUAAUUCGAGGUGUUACAGCCAGAGGUGCUGUAAACUCUUGUCAAGGCAAGAAUUAUAAUGUGAAGGUUAUGCUGCCUGGUUUAAAAGAAGACUCCCAGAUUUUGAAAAUUAGAUUGCUACCUGGUUUCCCUCAUCGAAUGAAAGUGAAACCUGAUUCUGAAAUUUUAGUUAUAGAAAAUGGAACAGCUUUCCCAUUUCAGGUUGAAGUUUUAGAUGAAUCAGACAACAUAACAGCACAACCAAAAUUGAUUGUUCAUUGUAAGUUUUUAGGUGCUCCCAACCUUCCAGUCUAUGUUGUGGAUUGCAGUAGUUCUGGAACUAAUAUUUUAACAGGAGCUGCAAUUCAAGUUCAGAAUAUUAAAAAAGACCAGACACUUAAAGCAAGAAUUGAAAUACCUAGUUUUAAAGAUGUGCCACCUGUGGAGAAGACUAUUAAGUUGCUUCCCAGCAGCCAUGUUGCAAGACUACAGAUAUUCAGCUUGGAAGGACAAAAAGCAAUUCAGAUCAAACAUCAGGAUGAGGUUAAUUGGAUAGCAGGCGAUAUUAUGCGUAAUCUUAUUUUUCAAAUGUACGAUGAAGGAGAAAGAGAAAUCAAUAUAACACCAGCUUUAGCAGAAAAAAUUAAAGUUAAUUGGACUCCUGAGAUUAACAAGGAACAUUUGAUACGGGGUCUACUUCCUGAUGUACAGGUACCAACUUCUGUAAAAGAAAUGCGCUAUUGCCAGGUUUCAUUCCAAGAUGAUCACGUGUCUCUGGAAAGUGCAUUUACAGUAAGACCACUUCCUGAUGAACCUAAACAUUUAAAAUGUGAAUUAAAAGGUGGAAAAACCAUACAGAUGGGCCAAGAGCUUCAAGGAGAAAUAGUUAUAAUAAUUACAGAUCAGUAUGGAAAUCAGAUUCAAGCAUUUUCAGCAAGUUCUUUAUCUGCUUUAUCAAUUGCUGGAGUUGGACUUGAUAAUUCAAAUUUGAAAACUACUUUUCAGGAAAACACCCAAAGUGUAAGUGUAAGAGGCAUCAGAUUUAUUCCAGGUCCUCCUGGAAAUAAAGAUCUUUGUUUUUCUUGGCGUGAGUUUUCUGACUUUAUUCGAGUGCAACUAAUUUCUGGACCCCCAGCUAAACUUCUUCUAAUAGACUGGCCAGAGCUAAAGGAGUCCAUUCCAGUGAUUAAUGGAAGAGAUUUACAGAACUCUCUUAUUGUUCAACUUUGUGAUCAAUGGGAUAAUCCAGCGCCAGUACCGCAUGUUAAAAUAAGUCUCAUAAAAGCCAGCAAUUUAAAGCUCACACCUUCAAACCAACAGCAUAAAACAGAUGACAAGGGCAGGGCUAAUUUGGGAGUGUUCAGUGUUUUUGCCCCUAGGGGAGAACAUACUUUGCAGCUUAAAGCUAUCUAUAACAAGAGUACCAUAGAAGGACCUACAAUUAAGUUAAUGAUCCUUCCAGAUCCUGAAAAGCCUGUCCGUAUCAAUGUUAAAUAUGACAAAGAUGCUUCCUUUUUAGCAGGGGGUCUUUUCACUGAUUUCAUGAUUAGUGUUAUUUCUGAAGAUGACAGUAUCAUUAAAAAUAUUAAUUCAGCACGUAUUUCCAUGAAAAUGUGGAAGCUGUUUAACAGUGGGAACCGACCACCAGCAAAUGCAGAAACAUUUAGUUGUAAUAAAAUAAAAGAUAAUGACAAAGAAGAUGGCUGCUUCUAUUUCAGGGAGAAAGUAAUUCCUAACAAAGUGGGGACAUAUUGUAUCCAGUUUGUUUUUAUGAUGGAUAAAGCAAAUAUUCUCAACAGUGAACAGAUUAUAGUUGAUGUUCUACCUAAUCAGCCUGUGAAGUUAGUUCCUAAAAGCCAACCACCUACACCAGCUGUUUCUAAUGUUCGCCAAGUUGCCCAUAGGACUUUGGUCAAAGACCUGCAUCUCAGUAUCACGGAUGAACACAGCAAUCAUACUGGAAUUGAUUUGAUUGGCACUGUAAUAGCAACCAUCAAAGGUCUUAAUGAGGAAGAUACUGAUACCCCACUCUUUAAUGGGAAAGUUAGGACACUUGAAUUUCCCUUUGUGAAUGGUUCAGUUGAAAUCACAAGUCUAGUACUGGCAGAAAAUAGUCCUGGAAAAGAUAGUACUGAAUAUUUUAUUGUAUUUGAGCCUCGGCUGUCACUAUCAAGAACAUUGGAACCAUAUAUCCUACCAUUUAUGUUUUAUAAUGAUGUUAAGAAACAGCAACAAAUGACAGCACUUACAAAAGAAAAGGACCAAUUAUCUAAAUCUAUUAAUAUGUAUAGAGGUUUAUUUGACGCCAACCAACAGCUUAUUAAUGAAAUGAAAUGCCAAGUUGAAGAAGCAAAACUAAAAGAGGCCCAGUUGCGAAAUGAACUAAAAAUACAUAAUAUUGACAUUCCUACAACACAACAGAUGCCAUACAUUGAAGCACUUUUAAAAAGAAAGUUAUCAGAACAGGAAGAACUAAGGAAAAAACCUAGAAGAUCAUGUACUCUUCCAAACUAUACUAAAGGCACUGGAGAUAUUUUGGGAAAGAUUGCACAUCUAGCACAAAUUGAAGACGACAGAGCUGCAAUGGUUAUUUCCUGGCAUCUAGCAAGUGAUAUGGACUGUGUAGUCACCCGGACCACUGAUGCUGCACGCCGCAUCUAUGAUGAAACCCAAGGUCGCCAGCAAGUGUUACCUCUUGAUUCUAUUUAUAAGAAGACUCUUCCAGAUUGGAAAAGACCUCUGCCUCAUUUCAGAAAUGGAAAAUUAUAUUUUAAGCCCAUUGGAGAUCCAGUUUUUGCUCGAGAUUUAUUAACAUUUCCAGAUAAUAUAGAACAAUGUGAAACAGUAUUUGGUAUGCUGUUAGGAGACACCAUUAUUUUGGAUAAUCUGGAUGCAGCCAAUCAUUAUAGAAAAGAGGUUGUAAAAAUUACACACUGUCCUACACUACUGACCAGAGAUGGCGAUCGAAUUCGAAGUAAUGGAAAGUUCGGGGGCCUCCAGAAUAAAGCUCCUCCAAUGGAUAAGCUUCGAGGAAUGGUAUUUGGAGCUCCAGUACCAAAACAGUGCCUGAUCAUAGGGAAACAAAUAGAUCUUCUCCAACAGUAUCGUACUGCUCUGUGCAAGCUGGACACUGUGACUGAUGACCUUAACCGUCAGCUAGACUACCUUCAUACUCCAGAGAUGAAGAAGAAGAAGCAGGAGCUCCAUGAACAGGAGAAAAAUCUGAAACUAAUAGAGGAAAAACUAGGUAUGACUCCCACACGUAAGUGUAAUGACUCAUUGCGUCAUUCGACAAAGGUUGAGGUGACAGAUUAUCCAAUUCCUCCUAAAAGAAUGAGAAGAGAAGCUACAAGACAAAAUAGGAUUAUAACCAAAACAGAUGUGUGAAAGGUGGUAGAGGGGGCCCUUGGUCUCACUAAGAAUGCCCUGCCUUCUGCAUCUUUGUUUCAGAAGACCAAGAAGGUGACUCACAAGACUGAGUGUUUCUGGGGACAAUACAAGUAUCUGGUCAUGGAUUUUCAUGUCCAUCCAUAUGGGACUGGAAGCAACCAUUCAAUUUUAGGAAUCUCACUGGACAGAAUGGACUUACUAGAGUUAUUUCAGUCGUCGUGCCCUUUGGUUGUCAUCUUGCAAAUGUGUCGGAGGAAAAUGUGCUGUGACUGUACAAUUGGCAUAUAGCUUUUAUUAAGCCCGAAGAAAAGGAUAUGUGCUAUUUUUCAGUAUAAUUAUAACAAAUGUAUUAGACCUCUUUCUUGAAAACCUUUUAAUUACUUUUGUGUGAAUUUAUUUAACAAAGAUGUUUUGUCUGUUGUGUAAGGAAGGGUCUAGAGGUUAGAUAUUUAAUUGUAAAUAUGUGAGGAAGCUCAAUGAACAAUUCAGGAUAAAAAAUUUAAAAAGCACAGGUUAUCUGGGAAUUCAAAUGUUAAGAUAGAUAGAAAAACAGUAAAUUGAUGAGUGAACUUGUGACAAGAGUAGCAUUUCAAAACUAAAAACUUACCCUAUAUAUAUACAAAUAUAUAAUGUCCAGCAGCAUCAAUUUUUAUAAGUAUUGUUUGACUUUAUUAAUACUAGAUUAUAUAGUCUCAGCCUUAAUUCUAUACUUACAUUAUUUUGUAAUUUUUUAUUACUAUUUUUAAGAAGUUAAGAAAACAUACACUCUCAUGUUAGUGCACUUUCUGGUAGAAAGUUGCUGGCUGCAAAAACAUUUGAAUUGUGCAUUAUUCAAGCUAAUGUAUGUCAGUUUGUAUGUCUUUGUGUCUGUUCAAGAAUAUUGAUCUGUGAAGUUAUUUUGUAAGGAAAUACUUUUGGUACAGUUUUGUGUCCCAGAAAAUGUGUGUGUUUUUUAAUCCUUCCUGAAUAUGCAGUAAGGUUAAUAAACAGGAUUGUUUCUUCCCUA